CCCCCCACGCCCUGACAGGCCACUUGUCACUCAACCCAGGAAGCAGAGUGAUGAGCUGAGAGGGCGAGCUCUUUAUAAGAGCCCCACAGAACUCCCAUCAACAGAACCAGGCCUGCUCCCUACCGACUGAUCCAGAUCCAGCAUAGCCCGGUCCAGCUCAGCUCGUCUCACCGCGUCUCAUCCCUGCAAACAAAACCCAGCUCUGUUGGAGAUGAAGGUCUGCCGAAUCCACUGUGCCCUGGCCCUGCUGGGUUUGGCCCUGGCCAUUUGCAGCCAAGGAGCCGCCUCGCAGCCCGACCUGGACCUCCGCAGCCGCAGACUCCUUCAGAGGGCCCGUGCCGCUAGCAUUGCCACACAGGAGUGGAGUAAGCGAGUGAUGGAGGACAUUCUAUCCGAACUGUCCUUGCCUGAGGUGGAGGCCCAGAAAAGUGAGGGGUCCACGGCUGAGGCCAAAGAGGAUCUGGAGCGCUCAGUGGACAACUCCAACAACCUGCCCCCCCGCGAGCGCAAAGCUGGCUGCAAGAACUUCUACUGGAAGGGCUUCACUUCUUGCUGAGGGAAGAAAAGUCUGACCACCUUAUGACACGAUGCUGCCAAUCACAUCACACCGCCAACCUGCAUCUGACUAAUGCAGCCAAUCAACAGCUAGCUGUGCCUGAUGACAAUUCUUGAAAUCAACAGAAUGAUGUACCUGUCAAAUUUAUGAAAUAAAGAGAAAAUCAUUUUA